GCCCUCACCGUGCAAAAGCCUUCCAUUUGACAACACGUCCCGGUUUGAGGGAUUGCUUUUGAUUCUGCCCGGCCGAUAUAUCGAGGGGCAGAAAGGAAAAUACAACCGGCGACGGGAUUGAUGAUGAUGACGAAGCUACGUCGUUCAUGGCGUCUCUGAGGAUUCCCGGGCUCCCCAACCGUCAACGCCGGCGUUAGCUGUGAUUAGAGCAUCGAGUCCGCAGAACUGUUGGAACAGAGGAUCCUGUAGCCAUUGAAAUUUGUUGUUGUAAACGGGGGAUUUGUUGGCGAAUUUGGAGAAUUUAAAUAGUUCUAACGGCCGGGAUAGGCCGUUGGAAUGGAGUGUAAUAAAGAUGAGGCCACGAGGGCAAAGGAGAUUGCGGAGAAGAAGUUCACGGCAAAGGACAUGGCGGGGGCAAAGAAAUUCGCCCUCAAGGCUCAAAGUUUGUAUCCUGAGCUUGAGGGCAUCAACCAAUUGUUGGCCACGCUGAAUGUGUAUGUUAGUGCAGAGAACAAAGUUCAUGGCGAAUCAGAUUGGUAUGGAAUACUCGGUGUGAGUCCAAUGGCCGAUGAAGAGACCAUAAGAAAACAGUUCAGGAAGCUCGCUCUAGUGCUGCACCCUGAUAAGAACAAGUCCAUUGGAGCCGAUGGAGCAUUUAAGCUCAUCUCUGAGGCAUUGAGUAUGCUGUCAGAUAAGGUUAAGAGAGCAGCAUAUGACCAAAAGAGACGGGCCAGGAUAUUCCAGAGGGUUUCAACUGCGACUGCCAGGUCAACUGGCCCUCCUCCAGGUGCCAAUGGCUUUUCCAGUUUCACGAAACGUACGAAUCCUCCCCCUAGCACGAAGGUGCACAAGGCCGCUUCUGAGCGAGCGGGCCAUUCUCAAUCUUCUCAGAAGCAACAGCCCGGUACCUUUUGGACUGUUUGUCAUCGUUGCAAGACCCAAUUUGAGUACCUCAGGGCAUAUGUCAACCACAAUCUCUUAUGCCCAAAUUGCCGCGUGCCAUUCUACGCAGUAGAAAGAAGCCCGCCAACUUUAAACGGUAAUGUAUCGUCAAAACCCUGGAAUUUUUCUCUUCAUCAGAAAGGUGGGAAAAAUCAGGCAAGUAGUAAGGGGGCAGUAAAUAAAGGAGGCAACAACAUGGCUUCUUCUGGUGGUCAUGAUUCCUCCACCCAACAGACCUUCCAUUGGGCCCCAUUCAAGGGUGCCGGUAAUGGUGCUUCAACUGCUGCUCAGGCUGCGACUGUGGUGCAGCAGGCAUACGAGCAAGCGAAGAGGGUGAGGGAGGAGGCACAGGCAGCUUCAAAGAGAGAGGAGACCCUCAGAAGAAAGCAGGCGCACAAAAAAGGUAGUGGACCUGCUGGCACGGCGCUUACUGCUAGCUCUUAUACUGCUGCAAAGCGAAGUACAGGUGAUAACGAUGUGAAUAAUCAUGCAGCAACCAUUACUGAUCAGACAGGAGUUCAGAGUGGAUUUGGUGGAGCAGGUGUGAUUCAAUCUUUUGCUUCGAAACAAGGAAAUUUGGAAAUGAGUAGGUUCGGUGGAACAGUUAAGCUCAAUAUGUUUAGAGAAGUACCUCAGAAUGAAUUACAGAGAAUACUUGUUGAGAAGGCUAGGACAAAAAUUCGCCAAAAACUAGAUGAAUGGGGAGGUGCUGUUAAAGUGAACAGGGAAGACAGGAAAGAGGAUCAUAGUAAAGUGGAAGAGGAACCUUUAGCAGAAGUCAACUCAGAAAAAGCAGGGACUAAAGCUCGUGCUUCAAAGGUGGUUUCAGGCAUCAAUGUACCAGACUCAGAUUUCCAUGAUUUUGACUUAGACCGGACCGAGAAAUCAUUUGGAGAGAAUGAGAUUUGGGCUGCGUACGAUGGUAAUGAUGGAAUGCCUCGAUAUUAUGCUCUCAUUCAGAAUGUCAUCUCCUUGCAUCCUUUCAAGUUGCAGAUUAGUUGGCUCAAUUCGAAGAGUAACACCGAGUUUGGGUCCUUGAGUUGGGUUGGUUUAGGUUUCAUGAAAACCUGCGGGGAAUUUAGAGUUGGCAAAUAUGAGACUAACAGCUCACUUAAUUCUUUUUCGCACAAGGUCAGGUGGAUGAAAGGUGCUCGAGGGGUCAUCUGUAUAUAUCCAAGAAAAGGCGAUGUUUGGGCUCUCUACAGGAACUGGUCCCCCGACUGGAACGAGACCACCACAGGUGACAUUAUUCAUAAGUACGAUAUGGUGGAAGUUCUUGAGGACUAUGAUGAAGAGCGAGGAGGGGUGACUGUUGUUCCCUUAGUUAAGGUUGCUGGGUUUAAGACGGUAUUUUGCCGACAUUUGGACCCGAAGGAGAUCAGAAGAAUCCCAAGAGAGGAGAUGUUCCGAUUCUCUCAUCAUGUCCCUUCUCGCCUGCUUACAGGUAAAGAAGCUCGCGGUGCUCCCAGGGGAUGCUGGGAGCUCGAUCCUGCGGCUACCCCACUGGAACUUAUUCACGCUACUACAGUGACUGUUCAAGAAACGGAAAAUCGGGAAACAUUUGUCAAUGAAGGUACAUCGGAUAUCGAAUAUGACGUGCGAGCUGUUAAAAGGCGCAAGAAAAAUGGAGAGGAAUCUGGAGCACCGGAGAUAAUUGAUGUGGAGGAUUAUCUUCAAACUAACAGCAAGUGAUAGGCAGUUGAGUUUACAUUUUGUGAUAUGCCCUUUUUGUCUGUGAUGACUCCGAUUUCGUCAAUUAUACCAAUGUGCUACAUUUUGAUAACAUAUAUCUUUCGACGAGUGAUCCUCACCACCCCCCAUCCCCGGAUCUUCACUUAGAUGUUCCAGCUCAUUAUAGGUACUGCGUAAAUUUUGGAAAAAUUAGGGUUGGUCAGUCUUCCUGCUAAAUUUAGCGUAUGAUCCCAUUUCAAUUCCUUUUGAUUACAUUUCUGGAUUGACUGUGUAUAUCUUCAGUGAGGGAUGCCGUAAUAUCUUCUUAUCCCCGCAAUGUACUGCAAGCUAAAAGCCAGAUUAUUGAAGGGUUUGCGCCUUGCUUCUCUUAA